CCGCUUCAACGCUCUAGUCCUCUCUCUCUCUCUCUCUCUCUAGAUUUGAUCGCCGAAUCAAAGAGCAGAGAUCGACGUCACUUGAUCGAGGAGAGAUGGGCCUUGGACUUGUUCUGGGUUUGAUCGGCGGUGUUCUACUCGCUCACGCAGCCUAUGCUACGAUCCAGUAUAGAGGGAUGCUCAAGAUCAUGGAAGAAGAGUUCUCGGGCCCUCCUCUCAAUGUUGUAGUGGAGUUGCUCUUGGGUUUUGGGCUUUGCAUGUGGACAGGGCUGGCUUUUCCUGGGAAAUUCCAUUCGAUACACCCUGAUUCUGAAGAGAACAGGAUUGUGUCUCUACCAUCCAAUUUGGACUUCAUGAUCUUCAAUCACCGUGGCAAAGCGUUGCCGUCAAAUUCGGAACUGAAACUGAAAAUCUAGAAACCUCGCAGGAAUUUGUGCUUAAAAGGAUUGCUUAAAGAUUCUCAAGCUUGAGGAGGGCAUCCUAUAUUUGGAUAUAGCUUAUCAGUGAGAAAUCUGUGUUUAGACUGGUUUGUUACUAGGAACUACACUGUUUAUUUGCAGGCAUCCUUGGAGGGAGCAAUGUUACAUUUGGGUUUUGUAAACUUUAAUUUCCUGAUCCUGUGACAGUUUGUACUAGAUGAUACUGAUCAUGCCCCUUGAAACUUUGUUUACUCAAACUUCUUGCAAAUUUUUUCUUCUUGCGCAUCAAA